AAGAAAAGUCUUUUUGGUCUCCCCAACUGCUUGGCCAAACAGGCUCUUAAAUCUUGCUUAUUGUGCUUCUUCACAACUGUUUUUCUGCUUCCACACAUCACAAUUUCUCUCUGUUUUCUUCUUUUCAUCAUCUAUUAUGGCGCAACAAGAGAAGAAACCAUCAGCUUCAUCUCCGGGAAUUCCUUGGAGAACACGAAUCGCACUAUCCAUCGUCUCUACAAUUACCGACUAUUCUCGUCGUCAAAACGGCACCGUUAACCGCCGGCUACUCGGGAUCUUCGGCCUUAAAACUUCCGCCAAUCCAAAUCCAGUUAACGGCGUUAAAUCCUACGACGUCACUGUAGAUUCUUCUCGCGAUCUCUGGUUUCGCCUCUUCAUUCCAACUACAGAUGAAUCUCGGAAUUUGAGUUCACUUCCGAUCAUUGUCUUCUUUCACGGCGGCGGAUUUGUGUAUCUCAGCCCGGAUACAAAGGUGUACAACGCCGUUUGCCGCCGUUUCGCGAGGAAAACCCCGGCUGUUGUUGUGUCUGUUAAUUAUCGGCUAGCUCCGGAACACAAGUAUCCUGCGCAGUAUGAUGAUGGAUUUGAUGUGCUGAAGUUCCUUGACAAUGAGAAGAACCGUGAGCUAUUGCCGGAAAAUGUCGAUUUGUCUCGCUGCUUCCUUGCCGGAGAUAGUGCCGGCGGGAACCUCGCUCAUCACGUGGCUAAGCGAGCAUCUGAAAUGACGUCGACCUUUGAUGCACUGAAGGUAAUUGGACUGGUGGCUAUACAACCUUUUUUUGGAGGGGAGGAACGAACGGAAUCAGAAUUAAAACUAGUAGAAGUUGACGCAUUGAUAUCAGUGAGAAGAACAGAUUGGAUGUGGAACGCGUUCCUGCCACCAGGUGAAGGGAUGGAUCGCGAUCAUGAGGUUAUUAAUGUUUGCGGUCCAAGGGCUGUUGACAUAUCAAAGCUGGACAAUUUUCCAGCAACGAUGGUAGUCGUGGGUGGUUUUGAUCCCCUUAAAGAUUGGCAAAGGAGGUACUAUGACUGGCUUAAGAGGUCUGGCAAAGAUGUUCACUUCUCAGAGUAUCCAACUAUGGUGCAUGCUUUCUACAUUUUCCCUGAGGUUCCUGAAGCUACACAACUUAUUCUUGAGGUUAAGGACUUUGUUAAUAAGCAAUGCUCUAAGGUUGUGAAGAAUUGAUGUGCCAUUAUUCAUUAACCAAGAUAUUCAAAUCAUGUGUGUAGUAUUAUUAGGGUUCUCUUGGACUUGUCCAUUGUUGGUGUAGUGUUAGGCCUUCUAGUGUUUAUCUCGACCACGGUCACCGGGAAAAAGGGCUAUGGAGGGGCGGGGAUUAAUCCGGCGAGGUGUUGGGGCCCGCGCUUAUUAGAGGAGGUCACCUUUGGGAUGGACAUUGGAUCAUUUGGGUUGGGCCAACUAUUGGUUGUGGCCUUCUUUGUGUACACAAAGAUCAUUCCAGCAAAACAUUUCAAUGCAGAAUAUGGAUACAAACAUUUAUAUAUACUAUAGUAAAUUUAAUAUUUGAUACACUUUUUAAAAAUAAUACACAAUU